GCUCCGCUCUCUGGGGAACAGACGAAGAAGAGCAAAGAAGGACUAAAAAAGCUUGGGGCCGCUUUGCCAGUAGAUUGCCUGUGUGGAGGGGCGUCGCCUCUUUUUUUCCGCCUCGUUUGCUGUCCAUUGGCCUCCUUUCCCAUUUUCACUAUCUCACCUGCGUUUCCUCUUUGCUCGGUGGGCGUAUUUCCGCGGUGCUUUGCUUAGGUUUAAGUAGGCCGUUGGUUCUCUGUUUCGGUAGCGGCUGACAUAUAGUCAUCGCUAACCUAAAAAAAAUAUCUGCGGCCUCCGUUUGUCCCGGCAUUCGCAGAUAUCCGGGGUACCCCCUAGCCCAACGCAACCCCAGACACACCACCCGUCAACCACACUCUGCUUCCCAUGGGCCGUGCUCUGCUCUAAUGAAUCAGGGGGUUUGAGGACAGGGGAACGACGCCAUCUGCUCCAAAUCACAUACUUUGCCUCACCGGAGCAAACGGGCGACGCAUCUCACUCAUGAGACCCGUUGAGGAGUCAUCCUAAUUCGAGAUAAGCGACAUUUUAACCUUGCAGCAACAGUCCUGGCGCUUCACAAGGCGCUUCCCUAAACCUGCCUAAUGGGCCGCUUCUCGAGGAUUCUGCCGAGGCGCCGUUGGGGAAAGGCAGACGACGAGGAAGCCGAAUGGACUCGACGCUGGGCUAAGGAUGGCCCGCCACUGCAGGAUUCUGCCGACUUCCAUCAGUUAAACUCUAAGAGAAGUCUGGGCGUGAGUGUUCAAGCGAAGAAGGGCACCAGAACGGGUAAAAAUCGUAUCAUUGCAACCUCAUCACCGGCCCAGCCUUCCAGCCCAGCAUUGCCAUCAUCUGUCGAUGGCGAGGAGCCACAACAUAUUGACUCACUACUUGACGAACCAGGCGUUAUUUGCGAAUUCUGCUCCAUGAUUGAUUUCCCAAGGCUGCUUGAUUGGAAAGUUGGACAGCCACGGCCAUGGAUUCCUCUAUCACACGUUCUCAGCGACACAUCAUCCUGCCCUUAUUGCACAUUUUUUCAAGCAAUGAUUGGUGAUAUCUCAAGAGCUGCUACAGAUUCAACGCAGAGCCCUAUUGCAGAAAACACCGGCACAUUCACACCCUAUUUUCGCAUACGCCAAGCAUUCGAAAAAGUCGCCGCUACUCAUAAGCAUGAGCUUGGAGGAGCUGUCUUGUUUGAAGUCACCACGAGGAGUAAGACUCUUCCGAGAGGAUAUAUUAUCCGCGCAACUGAAGACGAGACUGCUAGCAGUGUUUAUACUAGCGAUGUCGAGAAUGGCGCAACAGGCUCAACUAAUAGCCUUAGCUCCAAAGCCACAUCUGUGGAUGCAUUGCCUGUGGUCCACGGACGAGCUGUCACACCCUUAUUAGACCCGUUACUUGUCAAAAGUUGGAUCAAAUUUUGCGACGACAACCCGACUGAAUCUGCAAAGCCCAAGAUCGAGAUGGUCUCACCAGUUGGACUGAAAUUAGUCGACUGUCAUGAUGGCAAAAUAAUUGAGGCCGAUGACGAACUGGCCAAGGAUUUGAAAUACGUUACCUUGAGCUAUGUACCAGAUGAUCCUGCUGGAGAUGAUGCCGAAGGGGAAUCUCCUGCGGUAGAUUUGACGACAGCGCUCUUUGCAGACGCCAUCGGCUUAACGUCGUCUCUUGGAUAUCAAUAUCUCUGGAUUGAGAAGUUCUGCCAGCCUGAGCCGGCUAGUGCCGCGGAACUUCAGAAAAACCUCAGCGCAAAAGCUAAGAUCUUUUCCAAUUCAAUUCUUACCAUCAUUGCCGCCAAUGGCGAGAGCAAUGCUGUGGGCAUCCAUGGAGUCAGCGUACCUCGUGAAGAACCACUAUCCCUCCAAACCGAGGUUGGGUUCUUCACAACAACUCUGUUACGCUCAGAUCUCGAAAUCGGAGCAUCAGCAUGGGCAUCGCAUGCCUGGACAAUGCAAGAUGGUGCAUUCGCACAACGACAGCUCGUACUGACGCCAUCCCAAGUAUACUUCCAAAGUGGCAAGGUCCAUUGUCAUGAGAGUGUGUCCAUGCCCUUGCGCCUAACCGCUACAGUAUCAAAGGGGAGAGUAUUUGAAGUGGAUACAAAAUUUGGACCAGAAGAUUACAGACAUCAAGUUUCUCUAUUUCUAGGAAGGAGACAUUAUCGCCCCUCCCAAAGGCUGGAUCUAUUUCGAAGCACCCUCGAUACCUUUGCCAAAGCCGAAAAGGGCACUGAAAACCUCAUUGGCCUCCCACUAUUCCACCCAGACCAUUUUGAAAACGUCAAGGUUGUGAGCCAGACAGAUAGGCUAGCUGUUGGGCUUGGUUGGAUGACCGUUGGCAAUAAGACCUCAUCAGCAGCUCUUGAAACGCUCAUGACGGAUCUGAAGCCCUUUGCUGACGUUGAGAACCCAACCGGUGCAUAUGUCAUGGACCCAGGGCUUCCGUUUCCCUCAUGGUCUUGGUUGGCAUGGAGGUUGCGCGAGAAUGCACCGCUAUCUCCAGCCGGACCAUGUGCUCGCGGGUUUCUUUUCAACUAUGUGAAUGGAAAGAGUGAACCUGCGAUAGAUGGCAUUACAGCACCACGACGAAUGGAAAUCUCAGUUGGGUUUGAGGACGGUAUGCUGCUAUCUUGGGAGAUUGAUGGCGAAGCAAUUGCCCGACGAGCACUCAAGAUUGACUUCUUACACAUCACUACAUACUGUUUCGAUAUACGCCUUGUUCGUGCAGAGUCUGGCCAGAUGGGACUAGAGAAACAGAUUGCUACGGCAAUGGGUCAUGCAACCUCGCUGAUCGUCCUUGAAGGCGUCCGAUCCGCAUGUGCUGACGGCAACGUCUUACCAGAUUGUGAGGAGAUUGUUCUGAAAGCUGUCCUUGUGUCUGGCAAACACUGGCGCCGCCCGCAACCAGACGAGCUGGGUAAGCCAUCGCCUAAGCGCAGCGAGAAGAGCUUAGCAACGGCACUAAUCUGUGCUCACCGCAACUGGGACACGAGCAAGCCGCUCAUCCGUAUUGGCGCCAUCUCCCUUAGCUUUACAGAAUUUGUUGAGCGAGAACCGACGCCAUCUGAUACGGGCAGUAACGCACACUCCGUUGCAGCAUCUACUGGUGAUGGCCAAGCCAUGCUCCGCGGCGUCGAUAGCGGAAUGGGUAUGCAUAAGGGCGAUAUCUUUGUCAGCUUAAACCAAGUUGAUCUCUACUAGGAGCAAAGACUAUGGGAAUCGGCAAUAGAAGCUGUGGUUCCCGAGCAGACGUUACCAUCCAUCUUUGUCGCAUAACAUUUUGUACAAAACAAGACACAGUAUUUAUGAAAAGCGAUGCAUU